CUGUCAGUCUGUGGUAAGGUGAUCAUCAUUUGGAAUGGAAGGAAAGCAAAGCAAACUGUGCUAACUUUAUUAUUUGUUUAUUGUAAUUUCCUUCAAUUGCAGUUUGAUAAAUAGUCUGAAUUCCACGGAAGAAUACACCGGACUAAUGUUUGUCAAUCCUGUGUGAAAAUAACAAACAUGGGAUUUGAUAUCAAAAGAUUCAAAGGUGACGUUGAUGAAGAACUCAUUUGUCCUAUUUGUUCAGGGGUUUUAGAGGACCCUCUUCAGGCUCCUGCUUGCGAGCACGCGUUUUGUCGUGCUUGUAUCACGGAGUGGAUCAGUCGCCAGCCCACCUGCCCCGUGGACCGGCAAGCUGUCACCGCCAGCCAGCUCAGGCCUGUUCCCAGAAUACUACGCAACUUAUUAUCAAGACUGUGUACAAGUUGUGACAACGCACUGCAUGGCUGCAACACUGUCCUAAAACUGGACUCGCUGGCGUCACACUUAGUUGAAUGUGAAUUUAAUCCCAAAAGGCCAAUGCCAUGUGAAGCGGGUUGCGGUCUCGUGAUACCUAAGGAUGAGUUAGCCGAACACAACUGCGUGCGAGAGCUUCGCGCGCUCAUCGCCACGCACCAAGGGAAACUAAAUGAUUAUGAACAGGAACUAGCAGAGCAACGACUUGUGAUAAAUGAACAUAAACGGGAACUGGCCUUAUUAAAAGAGUUCAUGCGUGCGAUGCGUCUGUCGAACCCGUCGAUGCGCGCGCUGGCGGACCAGAUGGAGCGCGAGGAGGUGGUCCGCUGGGCCAACUCACUCGCGCGGGCCAGGGUCACGCGCUGGGGCGGCAUGAUCUCCACUCCCGACGACGUUUUACAGAUGAUGAUCAAACGAAGUUUAUCAGAAUCAGGCUGCCCACCUCACAUAAUAGAUGACCUUAUGGAAAAUUGUCAUGAAAGACGAUGGCCACCUGGUCUAUCCUCACUUGAAACUCGGCAAAAUAAUAGAAGAUUAUACGAAAAAUAUGUUUGUAAAAGAGUGCCAGGCAAGCAAGCGGUUCUCGUCCUACAUUGCGACAACACCCACGUCGACGAGCAUAUGAUGGUGGAGCCCGGCCUAGUCAUGAUCUUCGCGCACGGGAUAGAGUAGCGCACGACCAAGCACGGACGCUGUCGGUGUACAAGUGACAAACAUGCUCUCAAACAUGUACAUAUUGUGUGCGGAUGCGGGGGUAUUGAGGAAUUGAAAGCACUCUGUGUGAUCGUCUUACAUAGGAAACAAUAAAUUUAGCUAAUGACCCUUAUCAAUGGGACUAGUUUAGAACUCAUGUGCUUUAAGGAUGUGAUAUCAGGUCGCUCUAGCUUGGCUAAGUCAGGCCACAAGGAUAUGUACAAUUAUUAUCAUCCGUCCACUCAGUGCCUCCGCAUUCUACUACAUGCUGUCAAGGUCGCCGCACUCGAAGUAUAACAAGCGGCAGUGAAGACGCCGACCUUGAUCUCUGAGCGACCUCGGCAAGUAAUGCUGCCAAUAUGCAUCAUAGUUAUAACAAAAACAACUAAAAUUACACUACUUUGCAAUAAGUUGUGCGCCA